GUGAAUGGUAGAUGCUAGACGAAACUCUCAGUUCCGACCAGACCGUCCACAGAGACGGACCUGUGACUUCACGUGAGGAGGCGCAGGAGAGAUUGCGAGAAAUAGUUUAUGGUGUACUAGACUCAACUCAAUUCAUCAUCCUUCAGGGCAUUAGAUUAGUAUUGACAUGGGAGGAAUAGGGUUAAUUCUUCUCUCCCUGGCUACUGCCUUAGCACAAGAACAGAUAGAUCAUCAGUCCAGUGCCUGGACAUUACAGCACAGUGAUCCUAGUAGAGGAGGACGUUUUCUGAAUGUAGCAUUAGACUACAAGGAUUGGGUCCCAUUAGAACAGUCUCGUGCGCUUAUUGAACGAGUGGCAAAGCAACUGAGUCAUGGUCAAACGCUCGUUAAUCCCGCUGAUGCAAGAGUGGAUUCAAACCAGAGUUCAGAUUCGGGAGAUUUUCAAUUCCUGAACCCGAAUCCUCCGAAUUCCGAACCGUCCCCGAACGCUAGGAUUGAUACUGCAGAAGAAAGAACUGACGUGGUUCAACACGUUCAUUUCCACCAUGGAACUCAACAACACAGGUUUAAUCCUCAGUUUCAUCAGCAGCAAUCUGAUACCCGGAGACAGGAUAACUAUCCAAGGUUUCAACAGCAACAGUUUCAAGGAUCCAGAGGAAACAGGAACCUACGUCCUCAACCUGCUCAGAACAAUAUUAACAACUUCUUCUCCUCCUUCAACCCUCUGCCUUCUCUCAAUCCAUUCAAGUUCUUCGAGGCCGCUGAACCCAAGAAACCCAUCUCAUUCCAACAACAGAGACCCCAGUCUCGUCCAGAUCAGUCCUACUUAGAGACCCUAAACGCAAUCCAAACCAUUCCUUCUCCUGAUCUAUCUAAGUUUGGACCUCCUAUUAUAGAACUUGACAGCAAGGAUGGCCAGAUUGUUGUUGGACAACCCUUUAACCGAGGAACAGAAAAGGAUCAUCUUGCAGGAUUUGUAUCUCUUGAUUUUGAUGGAUUUACCAGCGGAGAACCUGAGGAUAAAACUAGGAACAAACUCUCCCUUCUAGUGGGUGGGAACCAAAACUUUGACAAGGACGUAGAGUCAGGUUUGGUCAAUCUGUUGAACAGUGAGAAGGAAGACCCACCUACUUUUGUCCAGAAUUCUGACAAGGAUGCUCCAGCCGGGUUUACAAAGAUUGAUAUUCCGUUCAUGGAUCCUACAGAUCAUACAGGAGUUCUACCCAAGGUUUUCAUUGCUCCUAUUGGCAAACCUAUUCCUAAAGGAUACAAGGGCAAGCCCCUGUUAUCCGAACCUACUGGAGUACAGACAACCACGGAAACGAUUCUUCUUGUCGAAUCUCCGUACUCAACAGAGAAACCACUUUUCAGAUUCCAGGAGAUUAAAUCUAAACCUAACACUAAGAUUGAAGAAGAGAAACCCACAACAUCAACCCAGGCACCAGUUAGAAACUUUAGAUUCAAGACCCAGAAGGAAAGACCGUCCCUGUCUCGAUUUUAUCUAAAGAACAAGGAAAAGCUAGAGACACUGAGCAGAAAACCCGAGAAAGUUGAAAAGUAUGAUAAAUAUGAGAAGUAUUCUAAAACACGUUUUGUAGAAGCAUCUAGAGAAGAAUUGAAGGAAGAAGUAACAACCUUGGCUCCUCCCACCACAACCAUCUUUCUGCCAACUGAUAACAGACAAACAUUCUCUACACAAACAUUCCAGGAUGAUGAAAACACGUCAAGGUUUGGUGAGGAGAAUGAGGAAAAGGAUGAUCUUACAACCACUGGUUCCGUGACAGAUGAAGAUCCCAUUUCUCUAGUUUAUGAACCUUCACUUGUUAUUCAGUCAACCUUUGAGCAGGCUGUAGCCGAUGCAACCACUACAACAACCACAACAGAGGAACCCACAACAUCAAUCACUACAACUGCAUCAACCACAACUACAGAAUUUACUACUACUACAUUGUUCACUACAACUACUUCCACUACAACAACCACUUCCACAACAGCAACUACAACAGAAGAAAUAACAGUCUCUACUACUGAAACUCCAGUUGUAAGGAUCUAUAAAACUACUCAGGACCCAAGAGAGAGACUGGAAAUACUUAGACAGCAGGCAGAGAUCAGAGCUCAGAAUCAGUUCUAUGUUGGAGAUCUCCAGACUGGAGAGGAGGUUGAAGAACAAAAAGCUGUAGAGGAGGAGGAGGAGGAGGAGGAGAAGGAGGUUGAAGAUGAGGAUGAAGAGGAUAUCACUGAAGCUCCAGUACUGGCCCUAGCUCGACCAUUGAAACCUAGACUUAGGUUCAGAAAGUUUAAGGGACUGGGUCCAAACUCUGAGGGUGGAGUAGAAGCUGGAAACAGAAACGGUGCCAUCAAGAAAUUUGGAAAGAGAAUUCGUACCAGGAAACGUCCUCUCUUCUGGCCUAACAAUAGAUUUGAGGAAGAAGCCCAAGGAGUAGAACCGACCCAGAGACCAGGACAGUUCAGGCCUAGAGGAAACAAUCCCAUCCAAACUUCAACCGAGUUCAGCACAACCCAGGAACCAAUUAAGACCGAGGAGUUCAAGAAGAAGUUUAGACCUUUCUUUGAUAAACUCUACUCUAAGUUUGCUAAAAACCCUGAGGAUGAGACUGAGACUGGAACUGAUCCUAUAUCCAGAAGGUUUGAACUUCCAAGAAAAAGGAGUACUACAGCUUUCCCGCCUAUUACUGUUGACGCUGAGAUUUACGAAGUGCAUCCCGAAACUCGAUUGAGGAUUACACCUGGAGUAAAGAAAUCUUCCGUUGAAACCACUCCUGAGACUACACCUAGCUUUGACUACUCUACUGAAUAUGAUGAGGAAACUACUUUACCAACCAACUUAGUUGAGAGUAGCACAAUUCUAGACCUGGAGACAACAUACGAGAGUUUGGAAGAACUGGAGAAAACUACAGAGUUCAUCUUCUCUCCAACAGUAGUUUCCACCACCCUGGAUACAGUCACCACACCAUCUGAUGAAAAUACCACACCCUUCUUCUCCGAGGUUCAUGAAACCGCUGAUAAACACUCAACCUUUUCUCCUGUAGAGGAAAACCUAGCCAUUGCCAUCGAGGAGCCGGAGGGUGUGAAUGAAAUAAUCUUCAUCGAACCUCUUGAGCUCGAUAUUCAGAAUGAAAUCGUCGACCAGGUGGUUGAAGAAUCUCAAGACGUACACACAGCCUGGAGUGAUGCAGAAAUAACACCUGAGCCAGCAGUCACGGGACGUCUGACCAACUAUGAGAAAGAUAUUGACACCUCUAAGUAUGGUCAGGAUUAUACAUAUUCGGCAAAAGAUCUAUCUCCAAGUUAUAAUGAACACGGACAACAAGGUGUUGAAACCCAAGAUUCAGACUUAGAAGGCGCGGUUGAGACGGAGAAGAUUGAGUCCUGGAAACCGUCAGUUAUCCCAUUCCGACCUUACACUGAGAUUGACAGGUCGGCUGGGAAUCCAGUGCCAAGUGUGGAGGAAGUUGAGAUUUCAGAAUCCAAGGAUUAUUCUGAACCAGAUAUCCUAUACGAUGACAGUAAGGUCGGAUUCAGUGAUGAGAUCCACAAGAAAUAUUACUCCGUACCGGUGUUUGCUCAGCUCAACCUUCCUGAAACAUCAACAAGGGAGGAGCUAACUACUCAAUCUGAAACUUCAACUCCCCUCGCAACAGCUUUCGUUACUUCAACAACAGUUUCACAAACAACAACUUUGCCCACAACAACAGAAGGACCCGUAUAUGUAGAAGAAGCAACAACCGUGUUUGUUCCAGUAAGCAGUGAUGAAACAACUCUAGAACCUGAAAAUGAAACAACAGUGACGGACGUAACAACUUCCCAAAAUAUUCAGGACUCAACAACAGUUGAACCAAUUGUGGAAGUUGAAGAAGUUGAAAAUGUCGAGGAAAAUGACGAAGUUGAAAAUGUCGAGGUUGAGUUCGCAGAUGAUGUUGCGAAGGUUGAUGAAGUAUAUCUAGGUUCAGGAAACAUACUAGACCCUGCUCCACCCACCCCAACCAGUAGGUUCGAGGUUAUCAAUAUAGAUGAUGAGAACGCUGCGGAACAUUUCUACAGUCCUCAUAAGAUUCCGAAUAAUCUCUGGUCCGUGUUUGAGAGAAACCGAGGUGUUGAGGAGACAGUUCCAACCCUAACCCCUGAAUCUGAAACUGAACUUUCAACUGAAGAAAUUGUGGCCUCUGGUUUAGAUGUCGCUGGGGUUAUGACCUAUGACGUAUCCGAGGCUGAACCAACCCUUGCCGGAGAAUUAGUUGAGAUCGAUGAUCUUCCCAAACCUUCCGAGCACGAGUCUGAAGUCCUUGUAAUUGAACGUGUUAGUGAGACAGAAGAAAACCAGAACGAAUCAGGGAGAAAGGAUCCUAAAUCCUUUGAAUUCAAUCUACCCGGGGUUCAAUCUGUUGAUCAGGAAGGGGUUAAGGUUCACUCAUUCGGUGCAGAGCAGAUUAUUCCUCUUAGGAAAUCUGAAAGUUUGAUUGACGAGAAGGAGAAGGAAGGUUUGGUCAAGAAAAGAGAAGAAUGGAUUAAGAACUGGGUUUCAAGGAAAUACAAUAAACCUAAGUUCCCCAGAGUGUCUUUCACCUCUUCAGGACUAAACUCACAGGUUGAAACUACCCUUGCUCCGGUAUUAUCUGAAGAAGCUGAAACCAACAAGAUCAACUCCGUUCCAGCAUUUACUCCGACAAUUUCUCCGACCUCCGACUCUAACGUUCUACCCAAGAACUCCAGGUUCAAUGUCAACUUUGAUGUAACCGUCCGGGACGGAAGCGAUGAAAAACUUAUCUCCGGGUCUGAGGUUAAGAGCUCUCGGUUCGAUAAAUACUCCAGGAAGAAGGUCAAGAACAGCCUCUUCCACAAGAAGGAUACGAAGAGCCGUGAGGAGGACCAGAUUGAGGUUGAUCACGAGGUUAAGGUUGAUGAGGCUGCUCUCAAUCCCUUGGUUGCAUUCUUCCAACCUAAAGGAGUUCCUCUGGGAGCAAACACAGAUAUUUUCAAGAACUAUGCAGGAGAUCAGCUUUCACAAGCAGACUUUGAGAGGAAAAUUCUUGGUGUUUCAACCGCUACCGAGAUAUCUGUUAAAUCUAUGAUCUGUGUUAAAGGAAGAUGUUUUAAUGCCGAUGAACAAGGAUCAAGAUUAAAAUAAUUAUUUUUAAGUUUUUUUUUAGUUUCACUUGUCUUUUGUUUAUUUUCUACUUGUUUCCGUAGUUGUAUAGUGUAUACCUUGCUCAAUGUACAAAAUGAAUGAAUUUGCCAUUAUAUUCCCCCCGGGAUAUUUAGUGUUACUUACAAUGUAAGAAAUUUUUUAUUUAAUGAAAUGAGUCUUUGCCACAAAUUCCUAUUUUUUAACACCUAUAUAUCUACAACAAAAUUAUGUGAACCUUUGAUAUUUCAAACUAGGAUUGCUUUAUAUAACAGAAGUCAUAGUUUGAAAUAUCUAAG